ACUCGCGCGUUUCCUCCCAGUAGCGCAGAAGACAAAGACGUUUGCCAUGUAUCCCCCUUCCAAGCGCCUCUGCCUCAGCCCGGCCAGUUCGCUGGACAGCAGCUUUCAGAAACGCCUGAAGAAAGUCUCGAUUGAAGGGAACAUCGCUGCAGGAAAGUCCACAUUUGUCCAUCUACUAGAAAAAUACAGUGAUGAGUGGGAAGUAAUUCCUGAACCAAUUGCCAAGUGGUGCAACAUUCAGACUACUGAAAAUGAGUAUGAAGAGCUUUCAACAUCUCAAAAGAGCGGAGGAAACCUGCUUCAAAUGUUAUACGGCAAGCCUACAAGAUGGGCCUAUACUUUCCAGACUUAUGCCUGUUUAAGUAGAGUUAAAGCACAAUUAAAACCACUUUCUGCUAAACUUCAUGAAGCAGAACAUCCUGUGCAAUUUUUUGAGAGAUCAAUCUACAGUGAUAGGUAUGUAUUUGCUUCCAACUCAUUUGAGUCAGGAGACAUCAAUGAAACAGAGUGGGCAAUUUAUCAAGACUGGCAUGCAUGGCUUCUCAACCAAUUUGAGUCCAGCUUGGAGUUAGAUGGUAUUAUCUACCUCCGGACAACUCCUGAGAAGUGCAUGGAGAGGUUGCAGUGUAGAGGAAGAGAAGAAGAACAAGGAAUUCAACUGGAGUAUCUAGAAAACCUUCACUAUAAACAUGAAACUUGGCUUCAUGAGAGGACAAUGAAAGUUGAUUUUGACAAUCUGAGAGACAUACCCAUUUUGGUUUUAGAUGUUAAUGAAGAUUUCAAAAACGAUGAAAUAAAACAAAACUAUUUAUUGGAAAAAGUCAAGGCUUUUUUGACUACGUAGCAACUUAAGAUACUACUCAAGGAGGACACUUGGAAAACUGCCACUAUCUACAAACCACUUACACAGUAAACAAUCUCUUGCUGUUUGUCUAUUUGGACAUGUAAAAGGGAGAGGUUACUACAUAACAGAAUUAAGAAGCUUAAAACUCAAGACACUGGGAUUGUCUCAAGAGCCAACUCAUCUUGUGGUUUGAAUUUCUCUUAAGGGAAUGAUGACCCACAUCAUCCUGUUCAACGAUAAAAACUUGGUGUAGUCUUGCUAUUAGGAAUGUCUGAACAGGUUGUUAAAAUGCUUUUGUUCAGCUGGAUAACUUGCUUUGGUGCUUUAAUGAUGCUUUUACUACAAUAAAUACUUUGUAAAGUCAGAUGUCUAUACUGUUUUCAUCUAGAGUC